AUGGCGGAAUAUAUGUCAGAAAGAGAACUGAGAAAAAUUGAAAGAAAUAGGAGAAAGGAGGAAGAUAGAUUAAAAAGACAAAAUGCAAGAACACUAGAAAAGGAGGAAAAACGUAAGCGUGAGCAAAGUGAACAUGAUAAAAAGGAGAGAGAACAACUUGAACUACAAAAGCAGAGAGAAAGGUUAAUACAUGAACGGCGUAAACUUAAAGAGAAAAGCAAGCUGCUAUAUGAAAUGGAGAAAGGAAUGAAAGAAAGAGAAAAGGAGGAAGAGUUUAAAGAAUUAGAACAAGUUGAUAGUGAUCAUAAUAGUAGUAUAGAAAGAAAAGAAAGAAGUGAUAAAAUCAGAAAGUAUACAAGUUCAAGUAAGGAAAACCUAAGAUUGAAAGAAAGUGAAAUUACACAAAGCAAUAGAGCUGAACGUAAAGAUAGUUCAGAUAGUGAAUAUUCAGAUUUAGAUAAAUCAACGGAAUUACAGGCAAAUGCUAGACAGACAUUUAGUGAAGAAAGAAUGAAGAAAAGGAAAGGUUCAGUUCUGAAUAUGAAAGAUGAAAUGAGCUUCAGGAAUGAAAACCCACUAUCAAGUGAUAGUCUAGAAGAUAAAGAAAGUGAAAUAGAAUUAGAUUCAGAACAAUCUGAAAGUGAUGCCUCGGAAGAUGCAUACACAACAGUGGAUCAAAUAUAUGAUGUAGAUUAUAUUGAAAAUCCGAGACAUAAUAGUACAGAGAUAGAAACUGAAGAAAACAAAAAUAUUAGAGAAAAGAGGGUAAAUGAUGCUAUCCAAGAAAAUAGAAUGCUCAAACAAAAACAAGCUGAAGAACUAGACAAAUUAAAGCAUAGACAGACAGAAACCAAAAGAGAAAGUGAGAAACGAAAGAUAGAGAAAGAUAAACUGAAGAAAUUGAAGGACGAGGAACUGUUACUAAAGCAACGAAUUAAGGAGAAAGAAGCUCGAUUACUUAAUGAGAAAAGAACUAAUGCUGAAAUAAAUGAGAACAAAAGCGAUACUAGAAAGGCAAACAAAAGUGAGAAAACUGAAAGUACGAAAGCAAAGUUACACAAGCCCAAUAUCCCAUCAUUAACUGAAACUACAUUCGAAGAAUGGAAAAUAGAGGUUGAAAUUAUUCUUAAGUCGGGACUAUAUGAGGAAAAUAUUCUCCGACAAGCAAUUAGGAAUUCUUUAUGUGGACACACCAGAAAGAUAUUGUUGACAAUGAGUCCUGAUGCAACCAUACAGCAAAUUAUAAACAAGUUAGAAGGUAUAUAUGGAAACAUCAGAUCGGGUGAAUCAGUUUUAUCUGAAUUUUACAUGUCGAAACAAGGAAAGGAUGAAAAUGUGUCAGAAUGGGGCUUGCGAUUGGAAAGUAUAUUACAGAGAGCAAUAGAAAAAGGUCAUAUAAAAGAAGAACAAAGAGAAGAUAUGUUAAAAACAAGAUUCUGGAGGCAUUUGUACAGUGAGGACUUGAAAAACGCUACAAGACUAAGCUUUGAAACUUCAAAGUCUUUUGAAGAGUUGCGAAGAAAAGUACGUAUAGAAGAAAACGAGAUGUCGAUGACGAGAAUACAAGAAGUAGAAAUAGAAGAUAAAAUAUCACUAAAUCAGCAUAAAAGUGAAGACGACAGUGAUAUUGUCAUGAAAACAGUUUUAGAAAGGAUGAAAAGGCUAGAAGAAGAACUUCUUCGAGUUCAAGAAAAGUCUAGAGAAGAGAAAGAAAGUACAAGUGGUGACAUACAUAGACGUCAUGAUAUAGAGCAAGAAAGGAGUAGAUGGGAUAGAAGAGAUAGAUAUAGAGAUAGAUAUGAUAGAGGUAAUUACAGAAAUAGAUACAGAGAUUAUGAAUAUGGGGACAGAAGAAAUUACAAAAGAGAUUAUCGAGAAAGAUAUGACACAGAUAGACCAAACAGAGAUUAUCGUAGACGAUAUGAUGAUAUAGAUUGGAGAAAAGAGGACGAUAGGUACCCAAGAUACAGAAGAGAUGAUAUUGAAAGAGGAUAUAGGGGAGACAGAAGAACUAAUGAUAGAUACGGAUAUGACAGAGAAAGAAAUUACGAUGUGAACAGCUGUAGAGAUCAAAAUGAGAAGUACAGAGAGUCAGACAGCAGAAGAGAUAAUAAAGAGUUUGACAGAAAUGAUAGAGAAGGUUCAAAUGCAGAACAGAGAAAACAAGAUACGGCCAAAGGAGAUACAGCAAAACAAGAACACAAACAAGUACAAUCAAAUUCCAAGACGGAGGCAGCCGGUAGAACAAACACACCAAAUAAGCCUUUAAACCGGUAG